GCGGCCUCGGUGGCGGCCAACGUCGUGCCCAUGGUGACGUCGGCGACGUCGGCCACUAUCGGGCCGCGGUCACGUUCACGACGCCACUCACGACGUCGCCGCCAAGUCGUCCCAAGAAACCCACUAAACAGCCGCAGGGCUUGAAUCACUAGUCAGCCAAAUAAAAAUGCCAGUUUCUCACAAAAUGCAAUUUUUCUAAUUCUUAAAAAAAAACCGGGGUCGAGGCAAGAUGUAAUAUCCGCUAACUUCGGCGCGCUUGCGCAUUCCUCGCGUUCUGCGACUAGCCUAGCCAGCGUACCGUGCGGCGUCACGCUUUGUCGACUUUAUCAGCUUGUUUAAAGGUGGGCGACACAUCUAGAUGCCUGCUGGGCUGGCGCAGCCUGGCGGGCCCGGAACCGCGGCCACGCGAGAGCGCAACGGCCAGUCCGCCGGCCAUCCGUCGGCCAGUCCGUCGGGCCGCGAGGAGAGGAGGCCAGUCUGGUUGGGAAGAGCACGACAUGGAUGGCGGCGGCCACCGCGUCCCCAGUCCACCGCCACGGCCUGCACUAGCUGCAACCGCGGUGCUGCUCUGGUUCACCCUGGCCACGCCUGCAACAGCCAUAGCCGCAAGCCGGGCCUCCCACGGCAAGACCCACCUGGUGCCGCGGUUCUACGACUUCCACCACUGCGUGGACCGGCCGCACUCGCUCGUCGUCAAGAACUUCACCAUGCAGCUGGACCGGAUGGGCUCCGAGCACUGCGACGUGCACUUCGAGCUGACGUCGUCCUCCAACAGGCUGACGGGGUUUAGGCUGAAGAUCCACCGGUGCGUCCUCGGCAAGCCGAGCGACUGCGAGUACUUCAACACCUGGGCGUGGAACAUGCCGGUGUGCAAACUCAUGUACAGCGACAACAUGGUGUGGACGCCCCUGGUGCACAACCUGGAUCCCGUCUUCAAGUGCCCCAUCCUGAGCGGGGAUUACUUCGGGCGGAACACAACGCUGGACUUCGAGGCCCUGGAGCGGAUGAUCGGCGGCCUGAACCUGGACAAGUACGCGUGGCCCGUCAAGGUGAUGCUGGACGGCGACCAGGGACUGUUCAUCUGCUUCGACUUCAUCGCCGAGGUGCGGCGCGUCAAAGUCCGAGAACACCGAUGAGGCCAGCCAACGUUCCAAAAUAAAGGCCCCGUCCAAGGA